AUGAGGAAUCCUCAGAACCCUGAUCAGUCUACGCUGACUGAUCCCGCUUUGCUCGACAAGAUCGACAAGCUUUUCGCUUGCAACGUGGGCGAGUAUAUUUCACUCCCCCAACUGGUAGUUGUUGGCGACCAGUCUAGUGGCAAGAGCUCUGUCCUGGAAGGACUAACUCAGCUCCCCUUUCCCCGUGAUAGCGGCCUCUGCACACGAUUUGCUACGCAGAUUAUCUUCCGCAGAGUGAAGGAGUAUUCUGUCCGUAAGAUUACUGCGUCUGUAUUACCUGGCUCGGACGCAAGCCCGGAGAAAAAGGCCGCAUUGGAAAAAUGGGCAUGGGGUAAAGAUGGCCCGUUUGAUCCUUCCGAAUUCUCGCAUGUGAUGCAUGAGGUUCAUUCGUUGAUGGGUUUGUCGGGCUCACCAGACACCUUAAGAUCGACAUUUUCGAAUGAUGUCUUCCGUCUUGAAAUCUGCGGUCCCAACGAGGACCAUCUUAGCGUCAUCGAUGUCCCCGGAAUAUUCAAGAACACCACUCCAGGCUUGACCUCAAAGACAGAUAUCCAGUUGGUCCGCGAUAUGGUACUUGGAUACAUGAGAAAUCCUCGAUCCAUCAUGCUCACAGUCGUUCCGGCCAAUGUGGAUAUCGCGACACAGGAGAUUAUUGAGUUGGCGCGCGAACUUGAUCACGAUGGACAACGGACGCUUGGUGUUCUCACCAAGCCGGAUCUUGUGGACGAAGGUGCUGAGCAGAAGGUGCUGGAUCUCCUUCGUGGCGAAGGCUUAAUCCUCAAACAUGGUUGGUUCCUUGUGCGCAACUUAGGACAGCGUGAACUUCAAGAAGGAGGCGUUGAUCGCAACACAGCUGAGGAAGACUUCGGUAGAAAAGAGCCGUGGAACUCUAUUUCUCCAGAUCGCUUUGGGAUCAAUGCGCUCAGGUUGCGCCUUCAGGAGGCAGUUAUUGACAACGCUCGGAAGUCAUUUUCUCAAGUUCGUUUGGAGAUCAUGAAGAGGCUCAAGUCGCGCAAGCAAGUACUCAAGGACCUCGGUGAUGAGCGUGUGACUCCUGAGCAGCAACGCGGUCAUCUCCUCAGUGUUGUAGCUCGCUUUCAGGAAAUAACCUCACAUGGCCUGAGCUCCAACUAUGGAACGGACGACAUUUUCGAUAGCCAUCCGGAUCUUCGCCUAGCAACUCUGGUCAUGAAUCGCCAUAUUCGGUUUGCAGAUAACCUCAACGUCUGGGCGCAUGAGUACAAGUUCAAGACAAAAACAGACAUGGACAAUUCAAUCGGUGGUCAGGUAAACAAUUUAUUUGAGCAUUCCCCAACUUCGGAAGACGGGCAAACUUCGGAAGAUGAGCAUUUAAGUGGCUCAAACAAGCCGACCAAAUCUACCAAGACCCGUGAAACUGCAAACAUGGAAGACUUGACCGAGGUUCUCCACGAGUGUACCGAAGAAGUAUCUCCCGAAGAUGGGGAAAUUUACGAGUGGUUGACCGAGGUCUUUUGUUCAUCUCGUGGAUUUGAGAUGGGCACUUUCAACCCUUCACUUCUUGCCACAACAAUGAGAAAGCAAUCUGCGAAGUGGCCCAAUUUCACGCUGGGAUAUAUUAGUGACAUAAUUACCAUUGUCCACCGGUUUAUUCUUGCGGCUCUUGAGGUUGCAUGUGUUGAUCGGCGCGUCUGUCACAGACUAAAGGCACGACUAAUGGAAGACUUGCUGUCCAAAUAUCGGAAUGCUAUAAAGCAAGCAAAUUUCAUCCUCGACAUUGAGCGAAAUGGCACGCCCUUGACAUUGAAUCCUUACUUCAAUGACUCGUUACAGAAAUGCCGAGAAACUCGGAACCAAGCUCAAGUAGCGCCUAAAGUUCCUGGUGACUGCAAGCACGGAGAAGUAAUUGGCCUCCGCGAUGUAUCUGCAGUUCAUGACAAAAGCAACACCAGACAAACUAUAGAGGACAUUCAUGAUAUAUUGCAAUCGUACUACGAAGUAGCACUCAAGCGCUUCGUGGACAAUAUCUGCAUGCAAGCCGCUGACUAUUAUCUCGUCAACGGACCAGAGACGCCAACGAAGCUUCUCUGUUCUCUUUACGUCAACAAACUAUCCGCGGCGGACUUAGAGGACAUCGCAGGUGAAGAAAGUCAUGUUCAACGUUUGCGGGCGCAGUUGACCAAGGAGAUCAAGGGUCUAGAGGCCGGAAAGAAGAUACUUCUUUAG